CAAACAGGAGUGGAAGGCGCCGAGAAGUUUAAGCGCCUUUCACAGCUGGGCGGGAGGAGGGUAUCGAGACAUCCUCGGGCGGGAGAUUCAAGGGCAAAGCAGCGAACUGAGACAUCCCGGGCACGGAGAUAUCGGCCUGAUGUGAGAGAUCCUGGGUAAAAGGAGACAUCCCGGAGAGAGGGGCCAGAAGUGGACCGAGAGAGAGAGAGAGAGAGAUCCCGGGGGACGAAACCCACAACCGGAGAGUCCGGCCACAGAGAGAUCCCGGGACCCAGACUCCCGGAGAAGAGGACAAGAACCGAGAGCCCAGCGAGGCUGGAAGAGCAGGUGCCUUCUCUGGUAUUCGAUCACUUGGACAUGAGGUGCAAGCGGAACGUUCCUCGCCUGCCCUGCCUCAACAGCAGAGGAGAUGGUGGGCGCCUGGAUGGGAGUGAUAAUUCGGAGGCAGAGUGUCGGAAGGAGGCCGGCCUGCUGUGCUACCCCGUCUGUCAAACACCAGAGUGUUACUCUGGUGUGCAGUCUCCACCGCCAGACCCUACGGGGACAGUCCACACCCGUUCUGUCCGGAAAACACGGAGCUUCUCUGGCGACUCUUCUGGCUACAAGCAUUCCCCAUCCGGGGACAGCGGGUACACAUCCCUGCUGAACAUCUCCUCCCUGUCCGCUGAGGGAGAGAGGAGCCUUGGUGAUCACGAAGCUGCGAGCUCUCCGGAGGGUCCAUCGGACAGAGCGGAGCGACACCAGAAAUGGACGUCUGGGAACGACAGAGAGGAGGAGAAGGAGGUGGCUACGGCUCAGCAAGUAGCCCCAGAAACACCGGAGCCCGACGGGAAUCUGACACUUCCGUCUCUCAGCAGUCAGAGGCCUUGCAAGUGGCACAUGUUGCCGGCCCUGCAGGUGGGGAGGGCAGUGUGCGAGAGUGUGGGCCUGGCCAAGGUGCUUCACUGCCCCGACCAGUCCCCCCUCCGAAAGGUACUCCAGAGCCAAACGUUCCCCAUCGAUCGUCUCAUUGGCAGGAAGAUGGGGCUGGAGCACGUGGACAUUUUAAAGGAGCUAUCAGAAAGGGGCUUCCCGUGUAUUCUGCGGAAGAUUCUGAGAUACCUGUGUGGUGCUGAUCUCCUCUGCUGUGCCAAGGUGUGCAAGAUAUGGAAGAAGAUUAUCUGCAGUGACAGAAGGGCCAACCAAGCCCUGAAGAAGGCCUCUCGUACACAAUGGGUUGAUGCUGCCAAGCGAGAGAAUGUGACGUCUCGUGGUGCCCUCACGAUCAUCCAGCGCCAGUGCCGGGAUUCUGCUCAGCCAGCCCUCUCCAAGUUACGGUCUGGAACUGUUUCCCAGAAGAGCAUCCGGCACCAACAGGUGGUGAAAACACUAAAACAGGACGAGGUGCUAAAGAUAUGCCCUCUAUGUGCGUCUCCGUCCAAGUUUCUGCCGUACCAGGAGCGGGCGGUCUGUACCAGCGAGGUCUGUGCCUACGACUACUGCUGCCUGUGCUUGAACUUCUUCCAUGGCUCCAAAUCCUGUGCUCGGCACCGUCUCCACAGGGCACAGCCACUGGUCGGAAGCAAAAAAAGCAAGCAGAACCUGCGGAGACUCUGACCACCGCAAUGUACGUGAUCAUGAGUGAUAUGGUCGCAUGUGUGUGCUAUGGCAGCGUGCAUGUAUUUAACAUGGUAGAAUGUUCCUGUGUGAGUUUCGCGACUGAAUAUUCAGGAAAAUAAAUGUAUAUUUUUGUUAUAGAUUUGCUCAUCAAUAACUGUUCUAAAGGGGCAUUGCAAAAAUAUUUUAAAGUAAUUUUAUGGAAAAUGUGAAAAUUAAAUCUCAUAAAGCAAUGCAAGAUGUUAAAAAAAAUAAUAUAUGACAUACCAACGAGUUUUGAGUGUAAAAUUAUUUGGUCGCAGCUAUUCUUGUGUCCAUAGUAGAAACAUUGAUAUCGUUACACACAUUUAUUUAAAACUAUGCAGCCUCUAUUCAGUUAUGGUGCAUGUAUUUAUAUUUUUUUAUAUAUCUAACGACCUUGUGUAUAAUUAUACAAAAAUAUUGGUUCAUUUUUUACAGCAUCAGAACAUAGAUUUUUAGUGUCCUUUUACUGUCUUUUAAGUGUCUUUGGUGUAAAUAAUUUCCUUCAGUCUUGGUGUUGUAUAGUGUUCAAUAAAUACGUGAAAAUCUUUCUCCA